CAGUUGGGUAUGGAAGAAGAAAAUAAGACACUGGUGACUGAGUUUGUCCUCACAGGACUUACAGAUCUUCUGGGGUGGCAGGUCCCCCUGUUCCUGGUAUUCUUGGUCAUCUACCUCACCACCAUGUUGGGCAACCUUGGACUGAUUUUUCUUAUCUGGAAGGACCCCCAUCUUCACACCCCCAUGUACUUAUUCCUGGGCAGUUUAGCCUUUGCAGAUGCUUGUUCUUCAUCCUCUGUGACUCCCAAGAUGCUUAUAAAUUUUUUAUCAAAUAGUCAUUUGAUACCUCUCUCUGACUGUAUGGCCCAGUUUUAUUUUUUUGGUUUCAGUGCCACCACAGAAUGUUUCCUCCUGGUGGUGAUGGCCUAUGACCGCUAUGUAGCCAUAUGCAACCCCUUGCUUUAUCCAGUGGUGUUAUCUACUAGACUCUGCAUUCAGUUUAUAGGUGUUUCAUAUUUCACUGGUUUUCUACAUUCAGCAAUUCACAUAGGAUUUUUAUUUAGAUUAAGUUUCUGCAGGUCCAACAUAAUACAUCAUUUCUACUGCGAAAUUUUACAAGUCUUCAAAAUUUCUUGCACUGAUCCUACAGUUAAUAUACUUUUGGUUUUCAUCUUUUCAGCCUUUAUACAAGUCUUCACUUUUAUAGCCAUAAUAGUCUCUUAUACUGGUGUCCUAUUUGCCAUCCUGAAAAAUAAGUCUGAAAAGGGCAGGAGCAAAACCUUUACCACGUGCAGUGCCCACCUGCUCUCUGUUUCCUUGUUCUAUGGAACUCUCUUCUUCAUGUAUGUGCGUCCUGCGUCUGGUCCCUCUGAAGGUCAUGGCAAAAUAUAUUCUUUAUUUUACACAAUAAUAAUUCCUUUACUAAAUCCUUUUAUUUAUAGCCUGAGGAACAAAGAGGUUAUACGUGCCUUGAGAAGAAAAUUGAAGAAAUAA